GGCCACAUUUAUGGGGGUGUCCGGCGAGUGCGCGGUCAAGGGCAGCAAAAGCAGCCACCCCUGUCACUGCUGCGGCCACGUCGGCAGUUCCGGCGCGAGCGUGCAACAGCCGCAGCAACAGCAGCAGCAGCAGCAGCAGCAACCCUGCGAGCCGUAUCAUCACCACCAUCACCAGCACCACCAUCAUCACCAUCAUCAUCACCAUCACGGCAAGAACGCACCGCCGAACGCGUCGCCGCAGCACAACAACAGCGGCGACAACAACAUCCUGGCGCCGUUGCGCAGCAAGAUGAAAGUGCUCAAGAAGCUCAAGCGCAAGAUGGGUCUAGCGCCCCGAUCCUCAAACGCGGGUACCAACAACCUGCCGCCGUUGACGUUUCACCACGUGCACGGUGACAAUAUCAGGCUGUGCAAUGGCGGUACGAUCGCCCGGAGGCACGAGAGUUUCUGCAAGGGUGUCACCUUUAGCGCCAGACCGGUGCGAGUAGGCGAGAAGGUCUGCGUGAAGUUCCUGGAGAUCUCCGACAACUGGAGCGGUGUCAUCCGCUUCGGUUUUACCAGCAACGAUCCGAUCAAUCUUCGUAGCGGUUUGCCGAGGUACGCGUGUCCAGAUCUGACGAAUAAGCCAGGCUACUGGGCUAAGGCGCUCGCCGAGAGGUUCGCGGAGAGGGAUACCGUACUCUUUUACUACGUCACGUCGGCUGGCGACGUGCACUUUGGCGUCAAUGGCGAGGAGAAGGGUCUCUUCUUCAGCGGCGUCGAGACCCGGGGCCCGCUCUGGGCGAUCAUCGACGUCUACGGCAACAGCACCGCGAUCGAGUUCGUCGAUCCGAAUCGCCAGCACUUCAACAACAUACGUAGGGGCGCCGAGCACAGCAACGAGGACAAUGCGCAGCAUAGCAGGCACUCGGCCAUGGACGACGCCAGCAACGCCGGGCGGGACGUCGAAAGGAUCAUCGUGCCGUCUAUGCAGAACAUGUCGAUUCAUCACGAGCCUGACGUGGAGCUACCCGGUCUCAGGUUUCAACCCCCCGGCGUCAUUUUCACGCCUCUGCCCUUCCACUCCACUCGGGGUAGGAACAUCCGCUUCAGCAACCAGCAAUGCGUGGCGACUCGCACGGACACGGAGUUCUGUCACGGCUACGCGUUCACGAGUCGGUCGUUGCUGUUGGGCGAGCGAUUGGUGGUGCAGAUCCUGUCUACGGAACCGAUGUACGUCGGUGCUCUGGCUCUCGGUCUGACUUCGUGCGAUCCGUCGCGGCUCACGGCGGAAGAUCUGCCGGAUGACAGCGACCUGCUGUUAGAUCGUCCCGAAUACUGGGUGGUCUCCAAGGACGUGGCGUCGAGUCCGCAGCCAGGUGACGAGAUCGCCUUCACGGUCACGCAUUACGGCGAGGUGCAGAUGAGCAAGAAUGGCGGCCCACCCAACGUCGUCAUGCAUGUCGAUCAGAGCCUCCAACUGUGGGCGUUCGUGGACGCCUACGGAAGCACUCAACGUGUCAGAAUGUUGGCCAGCAGACCGACGUCGCCGCCCCGGCAACGUCAGAGCAAUCCCUCGCCUGCCAACGCCGUUCAACAGCAACAGCAACAGCAGCAGCAGCAGCAACACUCGAAUCACAGCAACGCCGCCACGGAAUUGUCCAGAUUCUCCGAGAUGGUGCAGUUCAAGCCGGCGGUGGGCGGCGGCACGGUGCUGGUUGUGAACCUGCCGCCCCAGGCCGGUUACCCAACGCCACCGCCGCCAACGCCACAGCCAAUUUACGCUUCUGCGACUCACAGGAAUCCGCCAGCGCAGCCAGUGCAUCUCUCGGCGGCGGCAGCGGCGGCGGCGGCGGCAGCAGCCGUGCCCGCGCCGGUCCCGCACCCCGGAUCCUCUAGGCAAUCCUCACCGCCGUUGACUGGAACGAUGGCCAGCACCGGCUCAUCGACGUAUGUCGACCCGGUUACCUACCAGAGCCUGGACGGCACCCUGACAUCGUCCCGCGCGACUUCGUCCCAUCUGCAGCAGUGGAGUGAGAGCUUGCAGCCCACGCUGGCCGGCCAGCCGAGCGAGUGCUACAUCUGCUACGAGCGCAGCAUCGACAGCGUGCUCUACAUGUGCGGCCACAUGUGUAUGUGCUAUACCUGCGCGAUCCAACAGUGGCGCGGCAAGGGCGGCGGUCACUGCCCGCUUUGCCGGGCGCCGAUCCGCGACGUCAUCCGCAUCUAUCGGUCCUGAACAGUUCGGAACCGACAGGGAGAGGAGGAGAGAG